AUGAGUACGAUAAGCUGGAACUGUCGUGGCUUGGGCAAUCCACGAACAGUUCGAGAAGUUGUGGGCUUGGUGUUCAGUAAGAAGCCUGAUUUUCUUUUUCUCAUGGAAACUAAGGUUGCCCGGUCACAAGCCGAAAGCUUGCGGGUAAAGCUUGGUUUUGAAGGUCUUUUUUAUGUUGAUCGUGCUGGUUUUGGUGGUUUGGCGCUCUUCUGGAGAAAGAACUGUACUGCCAGUUUGUUAGGUUAUUAUAAGAAUCACGUUGAUGUGAAGGUCUCCGUAGCUAGCUCUCCGUGUUGGCGUAUGACUUGUUACUAUGGUUUUCCUGAGCGUAAUAGAAGAAGAGAGGCGUGGGACUUCUUGAGAUCUUUGGCUUUUCCUACGGACAUGCCUUGGGUGGUCCUUGGGGAUUUUAAUGAUCUCUUGUUUCAUCAUGAGAAGAGGAGGGGUAAUCCACACCCUGACGCUUUACUCCGUGGUUUCGGGGAGGCUGUGGACGAUUGCAAUCUGUUUCAGUUGCCCUUGAAAGGCUACCAGUAUACUUGGGAGAGAGGGAAGGGUACUGAGAAUUGGAUGAAGGAGAGAUUAGAUAAAGUGCUAGUUAAUGAAAGUUGGAACACUCUGCAGGACGGUGCCUACGUUGAAAAUAUCUUAACUCGCAGUUCUGACCAUUCCGCCAUGUUCUUAUGCGUGAAUGAUGGCAUUCGGAGGAGGGGAGUGGGUCGCAGGGAUUUCAAGUUCGAGAUGGCCUGGUUACAUGAUGAAGGGUGUAGGAAUGUGGUGGAGAAUGCAUGGCAUGAUGGUAGAUUGGAGUGGUUGUUGCCUUGUUUGCGACUCUGCGGUGAAAGGGGUUUGCAUGAUCCUGCUUCUCUAGCAGAAUUUAAGCGCAUUGAGGACCAGUUACCUCGGUUGGAGGCCCAGGAGGACACAUUCUGGAGACAACGCGCCAAACAACAUUGGUUGAGAGGUGCUGAUGCCAACACAAAGUUCUACCACAGGUAUGCUUCUGCUCGCAAAAAGAAAAACACAUUGUCUAAACUGAAAAAUGAUGAGGGUGUGUGGGUGGAGGGGGAUGCCAUGCAAUCUGUUAUUUUGAAUUAUUUCAAUGAUAUUUUUCAUUCUUCGGGAUCUUCCCUGGUGGAAUCUUUUUUCAAUGGUAUCACACCACGUGUCUCCCAAACGGACAAUAAUUAUUUGUUGCGCCCUUUUGAGAACGAAGAAGUUAAGGAGGCCUUGUUCUCAAUGUUCCCUGACAAGGCCCCGGGACCUGAUGGGAUGAACCCAGGUUUUUAUCAGCACUAUUGGGACGUGGUGGGAGGGGAUGUGACUAGCUUUGUUUUGGAUUGUUUGAACUCGGGCUCAUUCCCGGAGGGCCUAAAUGCUACAAAUGUUGUUCUGAUCCCCAAGAAAAGUGUGCCACAAACAGUUUCUGAUUUAAGGCCUAUUGCCUUAUGUAAUGUGGUUUACAAGAUUAUGGCAAAGCUCUUGGCAAAUAGGAUGAAGCCUUUGUUAGGGAAUUUGAUUUCUGAAUCUCAGAGCGCUUUCAUCCCGGGAAGGCUUAUCACUGAUAAUAUUCUAGUGGCUGCGGAAGUGGGCCACUUUUUAAACAGAAAGCAGUGUGGUGUAGCUGGUUGGGGGGCACUCAAGCUUGAUAUGGCAAAUGCAUAUGAUCGAAUGGAGUGGCCCUUUUUGAAAAGAAUGUUAGAGGCCUUAGGUUUUGCUGAAGGAUGGAUCAAUUUGAUUAUGUUGUGUGUCACCACAGUAUCGUAUGAUUUCUUGGUCAAUGGCACCCUAAGUGGUCAAGUUGUCCCCACUCGAGGACUAAGGCAAGGGGACCCGCUCUCACCAUAUUUGUUCAUUAUUUGUGCAGAAGGGCUUUCUUUAUUAUUGCAGAAGGCACAGGCGGAUGGCUCCAUUCGGGGCUGUAGAGUUGCAAGGGGUGCUCCCUCGGUCUCCCAUUUAUUCUUUGCAGAUGACAGCCUCCUCUUCUUCAGAUCCAAUGCCCAGGAAGCAGGUGCAAUCAAACAUUGCCUGAGUUUAUAUGAGAGUAUGUCUGGUCAGGUAGUUAACUACCAUAAAUCCAGUGUUUGUUUCAGUAGAAAUACUAUGGUAGAGCACAGGGAAGAGGUGGUGGCAGUGCUUGGGGUCGUGCAGGCUCCUAAUUUUGGAAAGUACCUGGGACUUCCUGCGUUUGUUGGCAGAAACAAAAAGGCAGCCUUAUCAUAUAUAGAGGACAAGAUAAAGCAAAGGAUGGGAUCAUGGAACAAAAAGCUCCUCUCGCAAGCAGGGAAGGAGGUUUUGUUAAAGACUAUAGCUCAGGCAAUGCCUACUUUCUCAAUGAGUGUCUUUCUACUUCCUGAGUCGGUUUGUCUGUCCAUCGAAAGAACUAUGAACCGUUUCUGGUGGGGUUCUGGGAAUGAUAAACGAAUCCAUUGGAAAGCAUGGGACAAACUAUGUGUGCCAAACAGAUUUGGUGGGCUAGGCUUUAAGGAUCUCCGGGCUUUCAAUCUGGCCAUGCUAGGAAAGCAGGCAUGGCGUUUUCUCACUACUCCACAAUCUUUGGUGGCCAAGAUUUACAAAGCACGUUAUUUCCCUAGAACCUCUUUUAUUGAUGCUACUGUUGGAAAUUGCCCAAGCUUUUGUUGGCGUAGCAUUAUGGCAGCCCAUGGUUUGAUAUGCAAUGGAGUCAGGCGAAGGAUUGGGGAUGGAAAGUCCACGUUGAUCUGGGGGCAUCCAUGGCUGCCAGACGAUCCUAGCCCAAUGAUCUACUCAGUAAUGCCGGAGCAGCUUAAUGGUUUGCUUGUGUCUGGCCUAGUUGAUACGGUUAGUGGGGAAUGUGAUGUUGCAAUUUUGAACGAUAUUUUUACCCAGGAGGAUGUGUCACGCAUCCUACGAGUCCCCCUGUCACCCAGCUACGAAGACUCAUGGUAUUGGUUUGGUGAUCCAAUAGGCACAUAUUCUGUGAAAAAUGGUUAUAAGACUAUAACCGGUGAGUUUGGAGACACGCCUGGGACCUUUAACAAAUGGGCUACAUUGUGGAAAAUUAAAAUACCACCUAAAUGGAAAAUGUUUCUCUGGAGAGCUCUAAGUGACACCCUCCCUGUUGCUUCAAAUUUGGUUAUUAAAAGGGUGGAGAUUGACCCUACAUGCUCAAUGUGUGGCCUUGCACAUGAGGAUGUCAUGCAUGCAUUUGUCUUGUGUGAUUUUUCUAAACUUGUUUGGCAUGAGUCCACAUUAAUACUCCCUCCUGUUAUGGGUGAUUCUUUUUGCACAUGGUUUACAAGAGCCUUGCGUGACCAACAUGAGGAUAAUAUUGCUUUGCUUGUGGCAGUCAUGUAUGACACCUGGCAGGCGAGAAACAAGGCUGUUUGGGACGGAUACUUACCACGACCCAGAUCAGUUACGGCAGCAGCAACAAGGGCCCUUCAUGCGUGGAGAGAGGUGCAUGGCGUCCACGUAAUGAGCUCGGUGUCCCCCUCACGCACACCCAGUCCAGUGCUGUCGACCGAGGUGUUGGCGCCGCUGAAGAGAUGCUACAUCGACGCAAGCUACAUCCCAGCUACCAAAAAAGCCUCCUUUGGUGCGGUGAUGCUGUCAUCUGCAGGAGACUUUGUAGCAGUGUGCGCUGGGCCAUUACCAAGCUGUUUCUCUCCGUUCAUGGCCGAGAUACUAGGAUGCAGGGAAGCCCUCUCAUGGCUAAGGGGAAUGAAUGUGUCAGCUAUCACCUUGCACACAGACUGCUCGCAACUCAAGAAACACAUUAUGUCACCUACAACUGUUUUCUCAUACGCCGGAAUUGCCUUGGAGGCCUGUAGGGCUGCUAUGGCACUAUUUGCAAAAUGUGAUGUUAUUUUGGUUCCUAGAUUAUCUAAUGCUUUAGCACAUACUCUUGCCGCUUCGGCCACCUUGCAGAUUAGUACUAUGCACUGGAAUUCUAUCCCACCUGACUCUAUUUCUGCUUUACUGAAUUAA